AUGGUUAAAGAAACAUUAGACAAAGAAAAAAAGCUUGUUAGAAUUAUAGACUUAAAGUAUCUUAGUUUGAACUAUGAUAUAUAUAAUGUAGGAGGCAUAUUGAACCUUAAUGAUACUAAUUUUAAG